CUGGGGCAAGGCCAGGGGCAGGUCCACAGAAGGAGAAGGGGAAGUGGGAAGGGAUGUGAAACUUGGCUACCACUCUGCUCCUCCCCUGCCGAGAGGUCCACAGGGGUGCUGGGGAGCAGGGCAGGACCAGCCAGUCAAGCUGACCACUGGAAGCAGUGGCAUUAUGGAGGCCCCCUGGGGCUGGCUGGUGGUUGGAGUACUGGCCAUUUCCUUGACCUCUACAGUGACCCAGAAUGUGUGCCGAGCCCCAGAUGGGCAGGAUGGGGCUGCAGGAACCCCUGGGCGACCAGGACGUCCAGGUCUCAAAGGAGAGCGAGGAGAGCCAGGGGCUGCUGGCAUCCGGACAGGUAUUCAAGGUCUUAAAGGAGACCAGGGGGAGCCUGGGCCACCUGGAGCCCCUGGCAGAAGGGGCUCCCCAGGGCCCAGUGGCCCCCUGGGGGAGCCUGGCUUUCCAGGACGAAAGGGCAUGAAGGGCCACCAGGGAAACAUCCAGGACCAGCCUCGGCCAGCCUUCUCAGCCAUGAGGCGGAAUCCACCCCUGGGCGGCAACGUGGUCAUCUUCGAUAAGGUCAUCACCAACCAGGAAGGCCCAUACCAGAACCACUCAGGCCGAUUCAUCUGUGCUGUGCCUGGCUAUUAUUAUUUCACCUUCCAGGUGGUGUCCAAGUCGGACAUCUGUCUAUCCAUCAUGUCUUCAGCCAGGAGCCAGGUGCGGCGCUCCCUGGGCUUCUGUGACACCAACAGCAAGGGUAUCUUUCAGGUGGUGUCAGGGGGCACAGUGCUACACCUGCAGCAAGGAGACCAGGUCUGGAUCCAGAAGGACCCUGCCAAGGGCCACAUUUACCAAGGCCCCGAAGCUGACAGUGUCUUCAGUGGCUUCCUCAUUUUCCCAUCUGUCUGAGGCCCUAAGAAGCCCAUACCCAACCUUGGCCUUACUGCUUCCUGCUGUGUGACCUUGAGCUACUCGUUCCACCUCUCUGGUGCCUAGACUCUGCUCUGUAAAGUGUGUGUGUGUGGGGGGGGUGUUCUUGCUUUCACUGCCCGAAGAGAGAUCUUUCCUGAGAGCUUCUCCUAGAAUAAAAACCCGAGUCCAUGU